AUGCACGCUAGACUGGUCGGCUUACUAGUACUGUGCGAGCAUGCCGGGCGCCCGGGAGAAAAGGUGUCCCGUUACGCCGGGUGUCCCGGCACGCAGGGAUUGACAUUACCCCAUUUCUUUGCCCUCAAAAUCCCCGCAGCCAUCAGCUUAUAUUUUCCACGCGUAUCUUUCGAAAUCAAUAUCCUUUUCUUAGCUACGGUUCGUGGAUUACCUUCGCCCUUGAUCUUCCUUAGUGUGAAUCAUCUUCUGAAGCAGCCUUGUCUUGGUCAGUCACUACCAAUUCUAUCGUCUACUCCACGACACUCCAAAGAAGUCGCGUCUGCUUCCUUAGAAUCGGACGAUACCAUCAUCUAG